AUGAGUAAAAGGACCGAGCCGGCCGGAACCAGCCCGAAUCGACCCGACCCGGGAACCGACUUCGGCCAAAAUCAUGAACCAAACCGCCCCGGUGGUUCUACCGGUUCCCGGUUCCUACCGGUUCUUGUUGUGUCUUCAAAUAUUGGAACCGUUCCUCGAAAAAUAACAUCAUACGGUUCCAGUUUUUGCCGGUUCUACCGGUUUUUUCUAGUUCUACUGGUUUCGAUUAUAUCGGUUCCGGUUCCUACCAGUUCCCGGUUCCAAAUAUCCACAAAAAUAACGUCCCGGUCUCGACCCGACCGGUUCCAUCGGGUUCCGAUUCCGAUGCCGGUACCGGUUCUGGCCGGCUCCCCGAUUGCACCCAAGCCUUUAGUCUACUUUGAUCCUGACAGAGCAUCAGUGCGAGAUGUUGACUUCAGUGCAUUUGGGUAUGAGUGGUUCAUGGAAUUCCUUCACAAGCUCACCAGAACGACAACCAAAUACAUCUAUUUAUGUCUUCCACAAGAGUCUUUAGGUCAGGGAAAUCAUACACUGGUGAAUGAGGUUGAUUACAAGGAAUUUUUGGAUUUGGCAUAUGCUAAUGACAAGAGAAUAAAUGUAUAUGUGGGUCACCAUAGUGAAAAUAUCUCCAACUGGAUUGAGGUUGGGAUAAGUGAAAGUGAAAAUAAAGACCUAUAUGAAGAUGAAGAUUCAUAUAUUGUUGAUCAUGAAGAAGAUGAUGCUACCUAUCCAUUUCCAGCAAAAAAAAUUGCACAUGAUAGAUUUUUAAACAUCCUUUGUGAACCUACGGAGAGUGAAGAUCAAGAUGAUAAAUAUGUUCCACCCUAG